AUGAGUGUUUCCCCCGAAAGACCGAUCUACUCCCCCUUCUUCUCCGUUAUGGGAGCCACCAGCGCUAUGGUCUUCAGUUCCAUGGGCGCCGCCUACGGUACCGCGAAGUCGGGUGUUGGUAUUGCCGCCAUGGCCAUCAUGAAACCAGAAUUGAUCAUGAAAUCGGUCGUUCCCGUCGUCAUGGCUGGUAUCCUCGCCAUCUACGGUGUCGUCGUUGCCGUCCUCAUCGCCAACACAAUCAACAAAGAUGGAACCACCAUGGCCAAGGACUUGACGAAUAUGGGAGCUGGUCUUUCGGUCGGCCUUUCCGCCAUGGCGGCCGGUUUCGCCAUUGGUAUCGUCGGUGACGCCGGUGUCAGAGGGACAGCCCAGCAGCCAAAACUCUUUGUCGGUAUGGUCUUGAUGCUUAUCUUUGCUGAAGUCUUGGGUCUGUACGGUCUUAUCACUGCUCUCGUCAUGAUGUACGCAUAA